GUAGUGCUCACUAAAUAGAUUUAAUGCAGUACAAAAUGUCAGCCAGAAAGAGUCUAGUCCAGUCCACCUACCAGCCUACUGGCCCUGUGCUCUCAAAGUGUGGCUACUGUAAAUCAGAGAAUACAUUCAUGGUGGAGUCUAUGUGGGCCCUGCGAUUGACCUGCCAAGAUUAUCAAGAUUUAGUGGAUCGAGGAUUUCAAAGAUCCGGAAAGUUUGUUUAUCGGCCAGUCAUGAAAGAGACAUGCUGUCCACAGUACGUAUUUCGUACUGAUGUGACAAACUUUAAGCCGAACAAAUCUCAGAGAUACGCUCUGCGAAAGUUUAAGCGUUUUCUCGUGGAAGGUAGACCUGACAUUGUUGUUGAACCAACAGAUCGUGAUGCAUGCAAUCGAGUGGAUCUUACUCCUCCCGAUGUCGCCACUACUCAAGCAGUACGACCGGGCACACCAACACGCAAGAAUAAAGAAGUCAAACCCGGUCUUGGUCCGGACCCGAACAAACCUCUCGCUCAAAAGGCCAAGGACAUUCGUAAACAAAAGAGACGACAAAAGGCUUUGUCGAAAUGUACCACUCCUGUUUCUAUGGCGAGCUCUCGAAGUUCUCCAGUACCACAACUCGUAGACUAUCCAUUAGAUGAUCUCAUUUCAGUUUCGCUACCAAACUCGGAUGAAUGUAAACACAAGUUUGAGUGUCGUCUUGUACAAGUCAGCCCCCCUUCUCAAAUGUACACGGACUCCGCUGAGGAAAGCUUCCAAGUAUUUGUCAAGUUUCAGAUGACCAUUCACAAAGAGAAAGAAGAGGAUUGUACUAUCAGAAUCUAUCGAGACUUUAUUGAGCAGUCUCCACUGCUUCCAAUGGAAGGAAGUCCCGGAAUGCCCUGUGGGUACGGAACAUUUCAUCAACAAUAUUUGAUUGACGGGAAACUGUUUGCUGUCGGGGUAUUGGACAUUCUCCCGCGAGGCGUUUUGUGCGAGUAUUUCUACUACGACCCGGCGUAUCGAUUCCUCGCUCCUGGUGUGUGUGGUGCUAUGAACGAGAUUGCGCUGACUCAGCAGAUGUACAAAGUGACACCGUCUAUACAGUAUUACUACAUGGGAUAUUACGUUCAAAGUUGCCCGAAAAUGAAUUACAAGAGCCAGUACAGUGCUUCAAGUCUAUUGUGCCCGGAGACGUAUACAUACGUUCCGUUGCAGCUGUGUGUGCCCAAGCUCAUCUCCUCAGGCUAUUCUCGAUUGGCGGAAGAUUCUGUUUCAACUGUGGUGGAAAAUGUUACUCAAGAAGAGCUAGACUUGCUGCCUGUGUUCUCGUUGAUGCAUGCUUCAGAGCAACCUGAGUAUCAAGAUAUGACCUACCGCGAGUUUAAAGCUCUCUAUGGUGAUAUUAGGAAACGGAUGAUUGAAGACUAUGCUAGAAUAGCAGGACUUGAAGUAGCCAUGAGAAUGACAAUAUACCUAUCGUGUUAACAGUGUGUUUAUAUAAUAUGUGUGCAUUAAUUACCUUCGUAUUUUGUAUACAAACAUUUUUAUUGGAAUUGUCUUAUAACACCCUGCAUUUGUACUGUAUAUAAUUAUGAUAUUUAGCGAGUGUCUUGAAACUUGUGAAA